AUGUACACGACCAUGCCGGCCUACACGACCGAGCCGAUGCCGGCUUACACCUACCAGCAGCAAGAUGCCGGCGUGCCGGUGACCUACGCCUCGUCGCCCUACACGAUCUCGGCGGGAGCCUACACCAUGCCAAGCAUGCCAGCUUACUCGCCGCCUGUCUACAGCGGCUUGGACCAUACCAAAGGCAAAUGGUUCGCACCCGGCGAGGCGCUUCCCCCCGGCUUCGUGGUCACCUCCCACCCGGAGGGUCACUCGGCACCCCAGGCAACCCACGACAUGACGGACAUGGCUCGCGAGAGCUUUGUGAUGACCGGCACCGCAGCCAGCUCUGCCUUGCCCAAGGCCGCCGCCCCUACGAAGAAGAGCAAGAAGGGCAAGAAGAAGAAGUCCAGCGGCUGCUGCUGA